AUAUGUCAAUAUUCGUAUUGACUAAUUUAGUCUUUUAGCUUAUUUUUCUGUUCCCUUUUAUGUUCUGUUGUUUAAUAGUGGCCAUCGUUGCCAUAUCUUUUAAUCCUGUAUUCACUAGGCUUGGUGGCAUUUUUUGGCUCUAAGGAAAAAAUUAUCACCUGAAUUGCCUUUUCUGUUUGGUGUGUUUUCUUGGACUUGUCAUUGCAGUGUUAAGGUUUGAUGACAACUGGAGUUCAGCUUUAUGGCAUCCCUGUAUUUACAGGCUAGACACGGUGAGACUACAAUGCCUACUUUCUUAUAUAAUUAGCAUUUUACUUAUGCUUUUAGCAAUAGGAAUUUGAGUUACGCAUUCAGUAUUUACUCAAAUUUUUAGUGAAGUUUCCUGACAAUGGAUUAAUGAGGGAAUACUAAAAUGACAUUUUUGUUAAGAGUUCCUUUAAAUAUGAUAUUUGUUUUGGAAAGUAUUAUUUUGGUUAAUAUAAGCACCUAGAGAUUCAUUCUUUUCAUAGAGGCCUACCUAUCCAGCAGUGGAUGUGUAUUCAUAUGUUUGUGUAUAAUUGAGUUAUUACAAGCUGGCGAUUGAUAAUCACUAAUAUUACUGGAAGUGCCCAUUCUCACUUUUGAAAGAAUGAUAUUGUUUAUAGUAGUUAAUUGAAUAAAAGUGACUAUAGACAUGUGAUGAUUAGGCGGCUUGUAUGCUGACUUGGUAAAGUUCAGUACGAACCAUCCAAUCUUUAUUGAAUGGUUGAGAUUGCUUGGCUGUGUGCUUUCCUAACUGGUCCCAACGAUAGCAAUCUGAGUUAAAACUUUAUUUUUUCUGCAAUCUACCAUAAUAUCUCACCCUUGGUUCAAUCAUAUGGUUUGGCAUUCUCUUCUCUAUCUUUGCUACUAGGUUUUGCAACUUUUCUUUAGAAUGUUGUAUUUCGCAUAUAUAAUGUUACCAUUGGUUUUAUCUCAUUAUAUUGAGUAAUUAAUAACAUGUCAAAAUCUGACUUUCUUAGCACACCAGAAACAUGCUACUCUACAAGUUUCUGCCUUGCGUUAGACUCGGGACUGCUGCUAUGAAUUGCCUCAAAGAUCCAAGAGUUGCCUAUUUGAAACACCACUUGACAAUGGAGUUAAGUGCUGGUGAAUUACCAUGGAUUAAUUAGAUCAUGAGAAUCCCUAUCAUGGCAAUAUCAGACUUUUGAUUAGCAUAAACUAUAUAGGCAAUGACAGAAAGAACGUUUUGCAUACGUAUAAACCGUGGCAUAUAUAAAUACAAUCCGUGUAAGUUAAUGUCUCAUUGUCCAUGGAGGCCUAAAAAAUGCAGAUGAUUUCUUUUCCUUUCCCCAUAAAAUCUGGCAUUUUCUUUACUUUAGAACGUUUAAAUACUGCAAAUAGCAUCUUCAUUUUUGGACUACACCCAUUCUGAUAUAUUCCUUGGGCUGAGUGAACUUCAGUUUAUUUUUUUGGUUCUAUCGUAAUGUAAUGUUAGCUUAAAAUAGAUGUAGUUAACACGCAUUGCCAUUUAUUCUUUGGUUAGGAUCAUAUAAUUAAUUAAUUAUGACCAGAAUUCGAAAAAAGAAUUACAGAUAGAGUCACCUAGCUAGGAAAUGACUGAAAUUGGAUAUAUGCGGCUAAGAGCUCAUUCCUCUGGUUCUCGCCGAUGUUGUAGUAUCAUUUAUUUUGUUGCCUUCUACCUUGUUUUAGUCAUGCACAAUCCAAAAGUCAAUGGCAUUGCCCUCCCAGCUAUUAGACCACAUCCUACUUUCAAUUUGUUGUGUCUGUAUGUCAAUUAUUCACUCAACCAUUUUGCAGAGGAAAAGUUAUCUAACCAUUAUUUGUUAUUAAUCGUGUAUUCUUUCCUAGUUUGCAGAACCAAUAUGAUCUACGGCACUAAACUUUUCUAAAAAUACAUCAGUAAACCUAAAUGCCAAGAAACUCCCUUACCUACUUGUGUUAUCUGCAUUAAUUAGUCUCAACUUUAAAAAAUCUCUGAGCCUAUUAAGUCCUGCUCUCUCCCUCCCUCUCUUCAUGUUUCAUCUGCAUGAGAAUUUCAAUUUGAGACAUGGAAUGCAAUGACGACGAACACCAUGAAGCACCUUAUGCUUCCUUGACACAGUACCUUCCCUAUCCUUCUCCAACCCAGAAACCCAUCAUGACCUCAAACCUCCAAAACAUGGAAAAUGGGGAAGGACAUUAUUUGACCCAUUUGAACCAAUCACAAGCUUUAAAUGAUAUUCCAUUUUACUACUCCCAACUUCACCUUUCUAGCAACACCAGCAACAGUGCUAUUCAAAUUCCACUACAGAAAUCUUCUCCAAAUACAUCAUCAAACAGUAAUAACAACAACGCUGGUGAAGCAAAGGUUCUUGAUGAUCGAAAGAAGAAAAGGAUGUUCUCCAACAGAGAAUCUGCUCGCAGGUCGCGAUUGAGAAAGAAGCAACAAAUUGAAGUCCUACAGUAUCAUGUGGAUCAUCUGCAGUCACUGAACCAUCAACUGUCCCAAAAGGUCAUUUACUUGUUGGAAUGUAACCAACAAAUCCACCAACAAAAUGCUCAACUUAAAGACAAAGUUUCCUCUCUUCAAGUGGCUCUCUCAGAUUCAAUGGUUACUACAGGAAAUGCUGAUAUACCUCACCAUAACCCCAAUGACUUCCCGACCGACCCUUCAACUCGUCCUGUUGAAACUUCCCGUGAUUUUGAGUAGAAGAAGGACAUGACUUGUGUGGUAGAGUAUUAACAAAUGAGUGUGGAGUCUGAUGCAGAGACUCUUAGCCUCAAGUUGUGGUGUGUUUCUGUUAUUCAUUUAUAUUUUGGUGAUGCAUUCUGUUUUUCAGUACAGUUAUUGAACUUGUAUAAAUGGUUCAGUUUUAUCAGUGAAGUUUGGCUCAGUUAUGGAUUUCA